AUGGGUAUACAAGGCCUUCUUCAAAUUCUCAAACCCAUUAAAACAAAUAUCUCUGUGGAUAAAUAUGCGUGGUUCACUGUGGGUGUUGAUGGGCAUUGCUGGUUACAUAAAGGAGCACAUGCCUGUGCGGUGGAAUUAGCGUUAAAUGAGCCAACCACAAAAUAUAUCGAAUUUUUCAUGCAUCGUGUCCGUAUGCUCAAAUUUUAUAAAGUUACCCCGUUCAUUGUCUUUGAUGGCGGACAUUUACCUGCAAAAGCGAGAACUGAAGCGGAACGUCGGGCACAACGAGAAGAACACCGUCGAAAGGGUUUUGCGUGUUUCGAGAAAGGACUAAAGGACAAAGCACGCGAUCAUUUUGCAAAAGCGAUUGAAGUCACGCCAGAGAUGGUGUUCAAGGUGAUUCAGGCCUUACGGGCAGAAAAUGUCCAAUAUCUAGUUGCGCCUUAUGAAGCAGAUGCACAAUUAGCAUAUCUCGAGCGAAAAGGAUAUAUAUCGGCCGUCAUCACGGAAGAUUCAGACUUGUUGGUGUUCGGCUGCAAGAAUGUUAUAUUUAAAAUGGAUCAAUAUGGUAACGGUGAGGAAAUAAGUCGUGAUAAUUUUGCCGCGUCAUUUGAAUACAGCAUGGCCCAGUUGUCGAAUCGACAUUUUCGACAGAUGGCUAUUCUGUCCGGCUGUGAUUAUCUCCCUUCAAUACACGGAAUAGGCAUCAAGACGGCGUACCAAUACAUUAAGAAAUAUCAUACUGCCGAAAAGGCGAUCAAAAAUUUACGAUUAGUAUCAAAAUAUUAUGUUCCGCUGGAUUACGAAGAAAAUUUUGCUCGCGCUGAAAUGACAUUCUUGCAUCAACGCGUAUUUGAUAUGGAGACGGGUCAGCUAGUCACGUUUACGCCUGUUCCUGAAAAUAUGGAUAUAAAAAAUAUGGACUUUAUUGGAUUAGAAAUCGAUCCUAAUAUUGCGCGAAAAAUUGUAAAAGGUUAUCUGAAUCCAAUCACCAUGCAGCCUCUGAGUAUGGAAAAUCCGAAGCGAGCCAUUCUUGCGCCAAAAACUCUUAAUUCUCAGGAUAUACGAUUUCACUUCAUGAAAAAUGUUGAAUCAAGCAAGAGUUCAAUGCCUAUUAACAAGGAAAUCACGUCAAGACUCUUUGCAGGAAAAGAAAAUAAUACUGAGAUAAAAUCAAAAUAUUUCAGUCAAGACACCUUGAAAGAAAUCGAGGUUAAAACAUCUUUCAAGGAAAUUGAUAUCAGUAAAUCGAUCAUAACUCGAAAAUCUUCAAGUCAAAAAACUUCUGAGAUUGAAUCCAUCAAAACUCGCGAACUUACCAAUGGGAUACCAGAGUCGAGUAAACUGUCCGAGCGAGACUUGAAUUCUGUUUCUAACGCACAAAAUUCCCGAGUGAUCAGCUUGAUUCAACCCAUUAUCAAAGAAAAAGAAACAGUGAUUCUACCAAAAGAAAUCUGUGACACCAAUAAGAGCAAUGACGAUAAGGAAAAUCAAUCACCAUUACAUACAAGAUGCACUCUCAGGAAAAGAAGCUUCUCAAAAGUUGACUAUGAUGAUCGCAUACACAAAAUAGCUCAAGGAUGGCGAAAAAAAUUCGCCAGAACAGAACUACAACCACUUGAAGAGUUCAAAGACAUGUGA